AUGUAUCUGGAUCUUCCGAUCGUUUUCGCCGCUUAUAGACGCCCUGAGUUCCCUCUCGACCAACGUGACCAGCCUUAUCAUCAGCCAGGGAAUCUCUUCUAUGCCCUAGGCGGCAGCGUGGCGUACUUGCCAUGCAUCCUCCUGAUGGAAGAUUGGUUCGAGAAACGCAAAGGGCUCGCCUUUGGCGUUAUGUGGGCUGGCACCGGGCUUGGUGGCGUUGUCCUCCCAAUCGUGAUGGAGCAAUUGCUGAACCGAUAUGGCUUCCCCAUCGCCCUGCGAGCGUUUGCCAUCGCCCUCUUCAUCCUCACAGCGCCACUGGUGUGCUUCGUGAAGCCCCGCGUGCCAGUCUCCCAGCGUCCCAAGGCGCCAGUCCCCAACCUGCGCUUCCUCAUCACAUCCACCUUCGCCCUCUUCGAGAUCUGCAAUAUCAUCGAGGCCCUCGGGUUCUUCCUGCCGUCGAUUUACCUCCCCACCUACGCGGGAGUAAUCGGCGCAUCGACCAGCCUGCAAGCACUAACGGUCAUCCUCUUCUACGUCGCACCGGUAGUCGGCUGCGUGGUAAUGGGCGCCAUCAUCGACAAAUGGGACGUGACGACCUGCAUCCUAGUCUCCACCAUCGGGUCAACCAUCGGCGUCUUCCUCAUCUGGGGGUUCUCCAUGUCGCUGGCCCCGCUCUUCGUCUUUUCCAUCGUCUACGGCCUCUUCGCAGGCUCGUACACGAGCACCUGGCCGGUGAUCAUGCGCGACGUCGUCCGCAAGAAGAGCUCCGCGGAGUCCAGCAUGGUCUUCGCCUGCCAGGCUGCCGGCCGGGGCAUCGGGAAUCUUGUUUCCGGGCCGCUGAGCGAGGCCCUCAUCAAGGACAUGCCAUGGAAGAGCCAAGCAGGCUGUGGCUAUGGGAGCGGGUAUGGCAGUCUGAUCGUCUUCACGGGCAUCACGGGGGUUAUUGGGGGAGGGAGCUAUGUGGCUCGCUGUUUCAGGUGGAUAUGA